AUGGAAAAAUCAAAAGAUACAACAUUGAGUGAUCAGCGUCCAUUUGUACUCAAAAAAUGGACUGCAUUAGCAACAUGGUCAUGGGAUGUGGAAUGUGACAUCUGUGCGAUAUGUCGUGUACAACUAAUGGAUAUUUGUUUACGGUGUCAGUCAGAAAAUAAGCAAGAUGAUUGUGUGGUAGUAUGGGGUGAAUGUAAUCAUUCUUUUCAUAAUUGCUGUAUGGCUUUAUGGGUGAAGCAGAAUAAUCGUUGUCCUCUCUGUCAACAGGAUUGGCAAGUGCAAAGAACGGGUCAUUAA